AUGGCUACCCCGUCGUUGAAGUUGCGGUGUUGCCUGAAAUCAAAUCCAUCACCGCCACCAAUUCUAUUUCUACACGAUGAGCUUAUCACCCAAAUUCUAUCUUGUCUUAGGGUUAAAUAUCUGAUGCAGAUGAAAUGCGUCUGUAGGUCAUGGAAUACUCUCAUCUCUGAUUCUAUGUUCAUCAAAAUGCAUCUUAAUCGUUCAUCACUAAAUCCACAAUUUUCACUUAUAUAUUCGAACAACGACGAUCACGGUUUUAUACCCUUCCCUGUUAGUCUAUUAUGGGAAAACCGUAGCAUCGAUAUCCCUAGUGAUCCUUAUUACCAAUUGAAUGACAAGAAUUGUGAUGAGAUUGUUGGUUCUUGCAAUGGACUAGUAUGCUUGGCAGGUUAUUCUCUCAAUCAGAUUACUGGGUAUAAAAAAAGGUGGCUUCGGUUCUGGAAUCCUGCUACAAGAGCAAUAUCUGAUAAAGAAGGGACCGUUUUCUAUAACUAUAAAUAUUGUAAGUUCACGUUUGGUUACGAUAAUUCAACUGAAACUUAUAAAGUGGUGCUGUUCGGUUCAAAUUUGGAUCAUCCGGAAACCAAUAUUGUGAAAGUCUUGAAUUUAGGUGAUAAUGUUUGGAGAACUAUUCAUGGUUUUCCUGCUAUUCCUCUUCAAUUGGAACAUGGUUAUGAGUAUGAUGGUGUACAUUUGAGUUGCACUAUUAACUGGAUGGCAUUUCAGAAUGUGUAUGAUAGAGAUGAUAUUCUUGAGGAAUUUGUAAUAAUUUCACUUGAUUUGAGCACAGAGACAUUCACACAGUUGAUGCCCCCUAAAAAUUAUAACAAUGUUAUGAGUAUAAUAAAAUUUCCCAAUAUUUGUGUGUUGAUGGAUUCCCUUUGUUUUUCUUAUGAUAAGGAAACUGAAUUUUUCAUAUGGCAGAUGAAGAAAUUCGGAGAUGAAAAAUCUUGGUCUCAAUUCCUUAAAUUUAGUUAUCACAAUAUUGGAAUAGAUUAUGAACUUGGUCACCCGCGUAUUAAAUUAACGCCGUUGCAUCUUUCUGAGGAUGGUGAUACAUUAUUAUUAGCAAACGGCCAACAAGACAGUGCAAUUCUCUAUAACUGGAGAAAUAACCGAGCAAAGAAAACUAGAAUCAACAAUAAGAUAUGUUGGUUCUCUAUCAGGGAUUAUGUUGAAAGUUUGGUUCCAACAUGUUGA